GAUUUGUAUAUCGGAUGCCUACUUAUUUGUAUGCACCUAUAAUAGUUCAUAGUUUUACUUUUGGUUUGAAUUCUUAUAGUUGUACGGACAAUUUUUUAAGUCCUGUAGUUUGCUACUGCUAUUACUUUGACGAGAGGCGAAGCAGAGCCACCUCAGAACAACGAAAAAUUAUGUGAUGGGCAACAGCAAUAGCAAAAAUUAUAUUUAUAUUUUAAUUAUUUAUGUGCUUCGGCUCUCGCGUGUUUUUGUUUUGGUAAUAUUCUGCUUGUUAUUUCGACACUUGAAAAUAUUACUCAUUCCGCAAAUAAAACAUUCAACAUGCAAAUCUUCACUUAGCCACGUAGAAGCGAGAAUAAGACUUAGGCUAGGACUUCUGGCAAUAAGUAGCACUUGUAAAGCUGUACACGGCGUCAUUUUCUGCUAGUACAAUUUACAUUUUCAAAAUUGGCUAGCGCAGUAAGUGGUAUCUGAUUGUUUUGAUUUUUUAACUAGCAAUUUGGCUGUCGAUCUCGGCCAUUGCAAGUUAAAUAGCUGCAUUCGUAGCAGUGGGCUUCUGUAGAUUAGAUCAGUGUGUUGGGGAUAUAAGUUUUUGUCUUGGGUAAUACAUUUGUCUAAAAUUUUUCAUCUGGAUUUGUUUGGGGUUGAGUUGUAUCUAACGAGCUAGCGAUUGAAGUCAUUUAGUGCCUAGGGUUGGUAUAGUUGAGGUAAUUAGAAACAAAGUGGAUUGAUAAGCUGAAAUAAUUGCACCCAUUAAACCGUUAAUAAUAUGAACAUCUAUCAAAGAUACUGAGCUUUGGCGUGAUAAGAUACGCAUUAAAUAAGUUAUAGUUCUAAGUACUUUAUUACAGCACUUCCCAAUAUUACAAAUUCGCUUUGAAAAUGAACGAGCUCUUGAAACAGUUAAUGAAAAUUUAGUCGGGUGUUAUAUAGGAGAGCAGAAAUCGGCUCACUGCAUUAAUUUAAAUAUGCAAUAGUAUAUGUCGCGUAGAGAGCGAUGCACAAUCACUUAAGCUAGCCUAUACAUAGAGUAAUUCUGAAAGAGCCGACUGCAGUUGUGGUUAGGUACUCUUCACGUAAUCAUGAGUAUCGUAGUAAUUUAUUUUUUAGCGUCUGCUUUGGCUAUUGGGUUAUUAGCUCUGCUCCCAGUGGUCGUUAUCAGUGGUGUGGUUAUUGUUUUCAUUACCGUUUGGCUGUGGCAGCGGCGUCAUUUCUCACACUGGAGACGGUUGGGCGUCCCCUUUAUUCCCGGAGCGCCAUUUGUGGGAAAUGUGUGGAACCUAUUGCGUGGUGGCUGCUGCUUCGGUGAUCAAUUUCGAGAGCUGUAUGAGAGUAAGGAAGCGGACGGCCGCGCCUUUGUGGGAAUUCACGUGCUGCACAACCAUGCCCUACUUCUGCGCGAUCCGGCCUUGAUCAAGCGUAUUAUGGUCGAAGAUUUCGGCCAAUUCUUAAACCGCUUUGAGACCACAGACUCCAUAUGCGAUACGAUGGGGUCUCAGAAUCUAUUCUUUUCCAAAUAUGAAACUUGGCGAGAGACGCAUAAGAUCUUUGCACCGUUCUUUGCCGUAGGAAAGGUGCGUCAGAUGUACGGACUCCUGGAAAGCAUUGGGCAUAAGCUCGAGGAACAUAUGAACGAUAACCUAAAGGAAAGAGAUCGAAUGGAGUUGGAGGUUAAACAACUAUGUACUCUUUUCACUAGGGACAUAAUUGCCUCGUUGGCUUUUGGUAUAGAGGCGCAAAGUCUGCAAAAUCCCAAAGCCGAGUUUCGUCGCAUGUGUAUUGAGGUCAACGAUCCCAGGCCAAAGCGACUAUUACAUCUCUUUACAAUGUUCUUUUUCCCACGAUUAUCGCGCAGAGUUCGCACUCAUCUUUACUCAAAAGAGUAUGAAAGCUUUAUGCGCAGGACCAUGAACUACAUACUUGCCCAACGUGAGGAAAGUGGAGAAAAGCGAAACGAUUUGAUCGACAUAUUUUUGCAGUUAAAGCGAACGGAGUCUGCCGAAAGCAUAAUUCAUAGGCCCGAUUUUUUUGUGGCCCAGGCUGCUUUUCUUCUUUUGGCUGGCUUUGAUACCUCGUCAUCGACCAUAACUUUCGCCGUGUACGAGCUGGCCAGAAAUCCUUCAAUACAGAGUCGAUUGCGGACGGAGCUACGCAAGGCCCUACAGUCUAGCCCUGAUCAUCGGAUAAGCUGCGACACAGUCAAUGCAUUAGCAUACCUACGGCAGGUGGUGGACGAAGUUCUAAGAUUGUAUCCACCGACUGCUUUUUUGGAUCGCUGCUGCAAUUCUCGAGAAGGCUAUGAUCUUUCGGCCUGGAACAAUGGUUUACCAUUUAAAUUGCAUGCAGGGACACCUGUCUAUAUAUCAGUAUUGGGACUUCAUCGAAAUCCACAGUACUGGCCAAACCCUGAGAUCUUCGAUCCAGAACGAUUCUCAUCUGAACAACGGCAACAGCAUCAUCCCAUGACGUAUUUGCCCUUCGGAGCAGGUCCCAGAGGCUGCAUUGGAACACUGUUAGGCCAGUUGGAGAUAAAAGUUGGACUGUUGCACAUUCUAAAAAACUUUCGAGUGGAGCUCUGCGAGAGGACUUCGCCGGAAAUGAGGUUCGACCCAAAAGCCUUUGUCCUUGCUGCCCGUGAUGGCACCUACCUUCGCUUUGUUAGGAAUCCGCUUUGAUCACAUUUUGUUUUCCAUUUUAAACUGUAGUAAUGUUGUUUAUUGGUAAUUGGUUUUUUACAUAUCUUUUUUUUUUUUUUUUUGCAGUUAAAACUUUUAAGUUCAGCUCAAAAAUUUUCAGUUGAGUUGGCCAAUUGUUUUUGCCGUUGUUAUUCAUUAAACAUAAACUUUUUUCAAUUACUUAAUUACUCAUUAUGCAUUUUUAGUCAGAUAAAAAUAUAAAGAUAUAGUGUCAAUUGUUCAGAAGUAAAAAAAUUUGACUCCAUUUAAGCUUUUAAUUAUUUUUUUUAAAUAAUAACAUUUAACCAACUGAAAAUAUUCGACAUCUUGUAUCUUUUAAAAAACUAAUAAGGAGCUGUUCGAGUUCUCCUCUAAAAAUUAUCGAAAAAAAACUAGAGCAACUUUACACAGAUAUAAUUAGCAUAAACUAUUGCUAAUCACUAUUUUCAAGUAUCUUUUCUAACACGUCAAUUCAUUUUAAACUUUUGCUUAUUUCAUGGAAUUUUCACAAUUUGCGGUAUCGGUUUACGAAACUUUAAAAUAAUAACUACGAGCUAAGAAUACCAUUUAGCAAUGUACAACUAUGUAACGCGUUAAUAAAGUAUUUCUUUGUGAAUAGUAA